CUACUCGGUUCAUCGUCUUCCAACAAUCUCAAUUUAGAACUCGAAAGUCAACACGGGGAUAUGGCGUUGCUAUCUAGCCGUAACAAUCCCGCGGACAGCUUGACAUCUUCGCCGGUGGUGAGCGAUUUGGAGGCAAACAAGGAGGAGGAGGCUAGCCCAAACAGUCCUGCGGACAGCUCGCCGGUGAUGAGAGGAGGAGGGGCCAAUGCGACAAAAGAAGAGGCCGGAAAGGAGGAGGAGGAGGAGUUGGCUGUCACUAACCCUAAGUUGGCCAGUCUGAUCUACCACUCCUUCAAUAUUGCCUGCGUCUUGGAAGUUGUCUUUUUCUUCGGCCAUAUACUCAUAUAUCACAGGACUACUCAUGAUUGGUGGCAGGCUUUGCUUGGCGUUGCUAUAGUAUCGCCUCUAUUUAUUGCACCACUCUACGCCAUGCCCAUUCUCAGGGAUGCGUUCGUCAGGGCAUAUGCCAUGGCCCCGUGUCACAUCCAUAGUAGCGAUGACAGCAAGCCACUGAUCUCUGGGAAAGUGUAAUAACUAAUAAACCUACUCCCUCUGUCCAUGUAUACAUAAAUAUUGUCUCAAGUCAAACCAGUUUAAGCUUGGUCAAAUUUACAGGAAAAAUAUAUUAACAUGUUUACAAAAUCAUAUUUACAAAAUCAAUCAUGAAACUGCUUUCAUAAUAUAUGGUAUUCUAGACAUCGAUACUUUUUCUAUAAACUUUGUCAGACCUAAACAUGUUUGCUUAUGACAAGACUAGUUUAAAUGGAUAGAGGGAGUGCCCGGUAGUAGUA